ACCACUUGGUGUUCCUUACCCUCUCACAAGCUUUGUUAUUGUAAUACUCGUUAUAACAACGUAAAAUAACAAGAGAUUUCGUCCGUUCUGAAGUUAAAUAUGACGGAUCAAGACUACUAUGAGGCUGGUGUUCCUUGAGCGGCUGUGGCAUUCCAAGUCUGAACCUCCAAAUUGACCCCGUGCCCUCAGAGGUGACGGACUAGAAACCAACAAGGUUUGACGACAACAAUGGUGGAUUGGAAGGAGUUCACCGUGGUUGUUCUUUGCUUGAUCCUGAUGACAUCUUACGUUGUUUGGGACAACAAAGGCGCAUUCGAAUUUCCCGCCAUGAUUCCGCGUGUUAUGAACAUAACGAGACUGACGUCAUCAGGCAUCAACGACACACAAAGUUCUGAAAACACGCAAAGUUCUGAAACGUCGCUGAAGGUUGGAAGUUCUGAAGAGCGAUUGAUGGAUAGCAUCAUGUCGCAUUACAACAUGACAUCCGUCCGGGAACUACAGCACAUCACAAGGAAAUACUUUUCUCCUAAAAGACAUAUCAUAGCUAUGUCAGACCUGGACAUCUUCAUAGAAAAAUGCCACACAAAAUCUUUCACACUUCGCAACUCGAAAAAACGUUGUGACGUCACACAUACCCCCAUCAAACGGUACCGGACAUGCGCGUUGAUAGGAAACGGUGGAAUACUACUGGAUAGCGGCUGUGGUGCGGAGAUAGAUGCUCACGAGUUCGUCAUUCGGAAUAACCUUCCGCCGACUCUUCCGUACGCCAAGGAUGUGGGGAAGAGAACCAACCUCACUACAAUAAAUCGCGCACGAUUGGCACAAGUUGCAAGGGGACUGAGGCGCAAAAAGAAGAAAGACACACUGGCCCGACUUGGAGAGUCGCCGGGAAUGAUAUUCAGCUACUCGCUGUCCCUCCCAGGGUCUCCUUCCAAGAAGAAACUUGAGGCCAUAGACAAGGCCAUCAAGGAGAACAACAUCGAUGCAGUAACAGCGUUUUCACAUCAAUCUUACAUGGGGAACAAAGGGUACGACCUGUACAAGGAACUCUUCCACAAGCGACUUCGACUUCCGUCAACCGGUAUGAACACCUUCGCCCUGGCCUCCACUUUCUGUGACAGAAUAUCUCUGUACGGGUUCUAUCCCCUCUCAACCUACAAGAACAAGACCGUCCCUUAUCAUUACUAUGACGGGAAGAUGUACAACAAGGUUCACAAGAUGCCCGUGGAGUUUGAAACGUUUCAGCAGCUCCAUAGUAAAGGGACAAUAAGACUCGUUGUUGGAAAAUGUAACGUUACUUUAGGCGAAAAACUGUAACCUAAGGAUUUUCCGCUGUCGCAAUAUACAUGUACAUUUGUAUCAGAAUCAUCUAAACCAAAAACUACACUAGCACACUCACGAUAUACGAUGGCAGUUUGAUAAGGGAUGCUUACCGAAAUCUCAAAGUUAUUACAGCAAAUAUCAAAUCGGAUGAAGUCUCUCGGCGGGGAUAAAAAUAUUUUUUGACUGACGGCCGGGCUUCUCUGAAGUUGUGAAGGGAAAACGGAUGAUGUCCACAUAUUUCAGGUGUUUGU